AAAACUACAUUACCAAUACAACCAUGUUUCCAAACAAAAUCACAUACGCUUAAAGUUGUCUGACCACACACACAUUUUAUGUACGACUCUAACAACUAUAAAACCACGUUCACUUCAAGCAACUAUGAAACCACGUUCACUUUAUGCUAGACAGACACUGAAGUUCCAAAUUGUCUGUCCGCCAAACAAAAUACAAACAAAUGACGAAAAACAACAGACUCUUCUCCUAGACUAACAAAUACAGACACUGCACUUACAAGUUGUCUGUCAGGGAAGACAACCCUUUUUUUCGAAAACACACCAAAAAAUGAAAAAAAUCAAGAAAAGUAGAUCUGCUCAAGUCAUUUGAAGCUUCUUGAUCUGCACUUUCGUCGUUGUCUCCCCACGUCACCGAGCUCUCCCCUUCGUCUGAUUACUGUAGCUCUUCCAUUUGAAACGAAAAAAAAGGCAGAAGAGGAGAGAAGCAGGAGAAGAAGCUUGGAGGGAGAAAAGAUUGUAAAAAUGAGAAGACUUGAUGGGUAGAGAUUUGAAAUGGAGAAGAAAUCAAAAUUUGGAGAAAAGAGAAAGAAAGGGGAGGGGAUGGGGGGCUGCGUGAAAAGAAAAGAUGGAGGAGAGAGGGAGGGAAGGAGAAGAAAAGUGGGGGAGGGGGUGAGAGUUUUGGAAAGGGAUAAAAGGGAUGGUAAAAAAGGAGAGUAUUUAUAUGGGGUAGGGAAUGGGGUAACUAUGGGGUACCUAUAGCAAAUUUCAUUUUGCAUUCCACUGCGUCAUUGGAGCAAUCUUUCACGAAAGAUGCUUUAUUUUUCUUGUGGGUGCCUUUCUUUGUCCCAUGUGGAUCUCUUCUGACUGGUAACAAACAAACCGUUCGGCCAUAUAGACUGACCUAUCCAUCGCCAUAGCUUCUUUUUCAAUUCUUCUCUCGUCUAAGAAACCAUCCAGAAGCAUUUGACCCUUUGACCCCCUCACCAAUCAAACCUCGAAACUCUCUGUUCAUUCUUUAGCCUGGUUUGAGGAAUUGAUCUGGGAAUUGGGAUGGUAAGAUUUAUAGAAGCACUGAUAUGUGCUUUUGUUUUUACCCUUUCAAUCGCGUCUUCUGCUCCGCUAGAUGGGUUCUUCUACACCAGAUUCAAUCAGCCAGAGAACAACAUCAGCUUUAGUGGGGUGGCGACGGUCGCCGGAGAUGGAGUUCUUCAGCUGACGAAUCAGUCCCACCGGACAAUGGGUCACGCUUUCUAUUCCGCUCCCUUCAAAUUCAAAAAUUCCCCAAAUGGCUCGGCUUUCUCCUUCUCCACCUGUUUCGCCAUGGCUGUAAUCCCUGAAUAUGAGAAGCUCGGCGGCCAUGGCCUCGCCUUCGCCAUUUCCCAGUCUCUGGAUUUCAGCACGGCCCUUCCCAGCCAGUAUCUCGGCCUGCUCAACUCCCACAACAUUGGGAAUUCGUCGAACCAUCUUUUUUCUGUUGAGUUCGACACCGUCCAGGAUUUCGAGUUCGAGGACAUUGAUGGUAACCAUGUCGGGAUUAACGUUAACAGCUUGGUUUCCAGGGAGUCCGCCGGAGCUGGGUAUUUCACCGGCGAUCUCAAGAAACGAGAUCUGAAUCUCAGGAGUGGAAAGGCGAUUCUUGCUUGGGUGGAGUACGAUUCUGCUUCAAACCUCAUUAACGUCACCAUUUCCCCUUCUUCUCUGAAACCCAGAGUUCCCCUUCUGUCACAUCGCGUAGAUCUAUCUGGUGUUCUGAAAGAGAAUAUGUACGUCGGCUUCUCUGCCUCCACCGGAGUGCUCGCCGGAGCUCACUACAUAUUAGGGUGGAGCUUCAAAAUCAACGGCGAAGCGAAAAGCAUAAAUCUUCACUCCCUCCCAUCGAUCCCCGGAGUCAAGAAAAGGCACGUGGCUCUGGUGGCGUCGGCCUCUGCGGCGGCGGCGGGUUUGGCUUUGCUUUCCGUUCUGGUGGGAGUUUAUGUGUUCAAGAGAGUCAGGAAUGCUGACGUGGUGGAGUCGUGGGAGCUUGAGAUUGGUCCGCACAGAUAUUCGUACAGUGAACUGAAGAAAGCCACCGGCGGUUUCAAGAGCAGCGAGUUACUCGGACAGGGCGGAUUCGGUCAGGUCUACAAGGGGAUUUUGCGGAUUUCAAAAACUGAAAUCGCAGUGAAAAGAAUCUCGAAUGAAUCCCGACAGGGGCUACGGGAAUUUGUGUCUGAAAUCUCAACAAUAGGAAGGCUAAGACAUAGAAAUUUGGUACAGUUACUAGGAUGGUGCAGAACCCGUUGUGAUCUAAUGCUCGUCUAUGAUUACAUGCCAAACGGAAGCUUGGAUGGUUUCCUAUUUGACCGUCCCAAGUUGGUGUUGACAUGGGAACAAAGGUUCAACAUCAUCAAAGGCGUCGCCUUUGGGCUGUUAUACUUACACGAGGAAUAUGAACAAGUUGUGAUACACCGCGACAUCAAGGCUAGUAAUGUGUUGUUGGACGGGGAGAUGAAUGGACAUUUAGGAGAUUUUGGGCUCGCUAGGUUACACGAGCACGGGAGCAAUCCGGGGAUGACACGUGUUGUGGGGACAUUGGGUUACUUGGCACCAGAGCUUUCGAGGACAGGAAUAGCAACGACAAAAUCAGACGUGUUUGCAUUCGGGGCGUUGUUGUUGGAGGUGGUUUGUGGAAGGAGGCCAAUAGAGCUGAAGGCUGCUCAAAUAAGGGAGUUGGUUUUGGUAGAUUGGGUAUGGGAGAAGUUGAGAGAAGAGAGGAUUAUGGAUGUGGUGGAUUGGAGGAUGAAGGGAAGGUUUAAGGAGGAUCAAGUGGUGAUGGUGUUGAAAUUGGGGCUCAUUUGCUCAAGCAAUGACCCGACGGCCCGACCGAGCAUAAGGCAGGUGUUGAGUUACCUCGACGGAGAAGCCCCAUUGCCCGAGGUUAUGAUGGAGCCAGAUCAUCAACAUAAUGAGAAUAAUAACAAUGACAGAAGUGAAGGGGGAGUUGGGAUUCAAGAGCAUUGUGAGUUAACUUCCUCACAGAUUGGUACUAUUUUCGCUUCCUCAUCAUCUGCUUCACCUCAUUCCCCUUACUAGAAUAGUAGGGGGUAAAAGAGUUUAUUUGCCAUCGUCCGUACAUCCAUAGUCAGAGUUCCAUACUUGUUUCUGGCUAGCAAAACUUGAUGGGCAUUGUUUCUCAUUUAGAGUCCCUAUAAAGACACAGAUAGGAUUGGAGGCAUACUUGGGAGUUCCAUAAAUGAUUCAAAGCAAAAUGGGCGAGUGCAGGGAUAAUAACACAGUGAAAUAAUGUUGGAUUAUGAUACAGCAAAUGCUCAAAAUAUGCUGGGCGCCUGGGCCGAGUAACUACUUGGGUCUUUAGAAUUGGGCCUCACUAAGUAUGGGGCUUGAGGAUGCUUUCUUUUGAAUAGUUUUCCAUCUCAGACAAGUUCAUAUCAAGCAUGAUCAGACCAGACUUAAACAAACUAGACAAGACACACUAGACCUAGAUCAUGUUUGGUGAGCAUGUUUUCCGGCUUAUGAGGCUUCUUAGCCAACUUUUUCACCAAACACGUAAUUUUUUAUUUCACGCGCUGAAUUAUAUAAUAAUAAGAAAAUGUAAGGUUGAAGUUA